AGCGCACAAGACAGCACCUGCUGGUGCAGUACCGCCGGCAUGGACGUCUUCCAGUCCGUAUCCGGAUACCUAACGAGGAUGGUAUCGACCGGCGACAGCACUACCAAUGCCAGCGCCGCCAAGAUGAAGAUACUCCUACUGGACCGCGACACCGUUCCCAUCGUCUCCGCCGCUACCACUCAAUCCGCGCUUUUAAACCACUCCGUCUACCUUACCGAUCGCCUGGACAACGCAGAGCGGGAGAAGAUGCGCCAUCUACGCUGCUUAUGUUUCGUUCGGCCGUCUCCCGACAGUAUACAAGCACUUAUCGAUGAGUUUCGAGAACCCAAGUACGGCGAGUAUCACAUCUACUUCAGCAACAUAAUCAAAAAGUCCUCUCUCGAGCGUCUCGCCGAAGCAGACGAUCACGAGGUUGUUAAGAGCAUAGUCGAGUACUUCGCAGACUUCAUCGUAAUCAACCCAGACCUCUGCAGCCUUCCGCUCCCGACACGCAUAUUCAGUUCGUCCGCGGAUGCGUGGAACCACGACAGCUUGACAAGGACGACGGAGGGCGUGCUUGCGUUGCUGCUGAGUCUGAAGAAGAAGCCGUUGAUACGGUAUGAAAGGAACAGCGUGCUGUGUCGCAAGCUGGCGACGGAGGUGCGGUAUGCCAUGACGCAAGAGGAGCAGCUGUUCGACUUCCGGCGGCCGGAUACGCCUCCCAUAUUACUGCUUGUGGACCGCAGAGACGACCCCAUUACGCCACUCCUAACACAGUGGACGUAUCAAGCGAUGGUUCACGAGCUGAUGGGUAUCGAGAAUGGAAGAGUCAACCUGAGUGAUGUGCCAGAUGUACGACCGGAGUUUAAGGAGAUCGUUAUAUCACAAGAUCAAGACCCCUUCUUCUCCAAGAACCUCUAUCUCAACUUCGGUGAUCUAGGUCAGAACGCCAAAGACUACGUCGAGCAAUUCGCCGCCAAACAAGCCGACGGCAAGAAACUGGAAAGCAUCGAAGACAUGAAACGCUUCGUGGAAGAGUAUCCCGAAUUCCGCCGUCUUUCCGGUAACGUCACCAAACACGUCACGCUCGUGACAGAGCUCAGCCGACGCGUGGAGACGGAUCAUCUCCUCGAUGUCUCCGAGCUCGAACAGAGUUUAGCAUGCAACGACAACCACACGCUUGACGUGAAGACGUUACAGCAAAUGAUCCAGAACCCAGCGAUACCGCCAGCGAACAAACUGCGGUUGGUUGCAAUCUACGCGCUUCGAUACGCCAAUCACGCGAGUAAUCACACGCCCGCCCUGAUGGAUCUCCUCGCUGUCGCAGGCGGCGUGAGCAGAUAUCGCAUUAACCUCAUCCCGAAACUCCUAGCCUACGCUUCAAGCGUGCACGCAGCUUCUACGGAAGGCGCACCAAUGCCAGCUCUCUUCCAACCAGCGCAGAACAUCUUUUCCGAAGCGCGGUCAAGGAUUAACCGCGGUUUACGUGGCGUUGAGAACGUGUAUACGCAGCAUUCGCCACGCCUGGAAAACACAUUGCAGGACUUGAUCAAAGGGAGACUAUCGAUGACGGCGUAUCCGUUCGUCGACGGCGGCGGACAGACGAGGGACAAACCGCAAGAUGUCAUUGUCUUUAUGGUUGGGGGAGCGACGUACGAGGAGGCGAAGAUGGUGGCGCAGAUUAAUGCAACCUCGCCUGGCGUGCGCGUGGUGCUGGGGGGAACAGAUGUGUUGAAUAGUGCGAGGUUUCUGGAUGAGGUGGAGGAGGCGGUGGAUACGUGGCCGGAGCCUAGCGCUGGUACGGCGGCGGGGAGGUUAAGGCAGGCGGGCAGUAGGCCUUAGAACAUCCACCACAAAGAGAGGUGUGGUCGACGUGCAACGAGGCUAUUAAACCUCGCCAUCAUCGAAAUAUAAUUACCAUGAAGCCUUGAGCGACUUCAUCAAAGCCGGCAGCACCUGCGUCUCGGUAUAAUUCCAUAUCAAGCUUGAAUCCUGGCUCAUCCACGCCGCCCCCGUCCAAA